CGUCUCCUACCUCCGAUUCCUUUCCUCCUUCGGUUCUUGCUCGAUGAUCAGAAUCUAGGGAACGGAAGCUCGGGCUAAUGCCGUCGGCGGUGCAGAGGAUGUUGGAUACGUGCAGAGAGGUGUUUGCCGACGGAGGUGCCGGGAUCGUGCCCUCGCCGGAGGAUGUCCAUUUUCGAUGGUAUAGAUGCCUCGGAUGUUGGUCUUACUUCGGAUAUGUCGUACUUCCGACGUGGUGCAUCCAGAGGAACGCCGGUGAUUACGUACCUGCCCAUCCGCGAGCUCGAGGAGUUCUCGAUGGUCAUCUUCUGUUUGCCUCCGUCGGGUGUGAUCCCACUCCACGACCAUCCAGGCAUGACGGUAUUCACCAAGCUUCUCUUCGGCUCCAUGCACAUCAAAUCCUAUGACUGGGUCAAUGUGCCUCAGAACUUGGCCGAGCUGGUCAACCCUUUACAACCAACCUCGUUACCCCCUGGAUUGCGCUUGGCGAAAGUGAAGACGGAUGCCAUCUUUACUGCGCCUUGUAGGACCUCCGUGCUUUAUCCGGAAGACGGAGGCAACCUGCACUGUUUCAGAGCAAGAACAUGUUGUGCAGUGCUGGACGUGCUGGGACCGCCUUAUUCCGGCGCUCGACGAAGGGAUUGCACCUACUACCACGAUCGUCCAUACGCUUGGUUUCCUGGUUUAUUCCAAGUUGAGAGCUUUGGAGGGCGAGAUAUCUCGUCGCCACCAAUAGGUUGAUGUUAUCCUGCUUCUCGAUGGAGAGGCGAACCCGGUAGCCGAUGAGGACGUCGGGACGUACGCUUGGCUUGAAGGGAGGAACCAGCCUGACGACUUCUUUGUGGUUAGGGCCAAAUACAAUGGUCCAAGGAUUUAGUUGCGUACGCAGCGUGUAGUGUAGUGUGUAGCUACAGAAUCCUAACACUACGCUUGUCGACCAAAUUGUGUUAGUAUCGAUGUACAUGUAAAGCAAUGAAAAGACGACGAUCUAUUAUAAGACGACG